AUUGAGUUGACCUGUGACAGCCGCUCAUGGAUCUUCCUUUCACAAACACGGAAGCAGCAUGGCGUCCAGCAGCUGUGGUGGCGGUUCCGACAGGCAAAUGGCUGCACAGCACAGACUGAGUAUAAUUGCCGGGCAUCUACAGAGACCAAGUGGCAGCAACACAGCCAUCUUAGCCGCGGAGUGCAAAGCCCAGGCGAGCAAGCCAUUUGUCUCCAGUGAAAGGAGGACGGUACCCAGGAGGAGGCAGGAGAUAAUGAAGUGGAAUGGCUGGGGUUACAGUGACUCAAAAUUCGUCUAUAAUAAGAAAGGUCAAGCGGAAUUUACUGGCAGAAGGUACAAACUUAGUGGUAUGAUAAUCCCCGGUCUUAAAGAUUGGAUGGAGAACACUUUUGGGGCCACUCUGCAGCACAAAACUACUGCAACACCUGCACUGAAUAGCAGUGCAGUACCACCUCCCACUUUAAAUGAGGCCUUUAUGGAGGAACUGAAAUCCACAGGUAUUCCCUUCUCUGCCGACGCAGAAGACCGAGUGUUUCGUGCUCACGGCCACUGCUUGCAUGAGAUCUUUGCUUUGAGAGAGGGGAAAAUCGGCCGUGUUCCAGACAUGGUGGUAUGGCCAAACUGUCACAAUGAUGUUGUGAAAAUUGUGGAGUUGGCGUGCAAGCACAAUGUUUGCCUGAUACCAUAUGGAGGAGGGACUAGUGUCUCUAGUGCUCUAGAGUGCCCCCCGGAGGAGAGUCGCUCCAUUGUCUCUUUGGACACCUCCCAGAUGAACCGCAUUCUCUGGAUUGACGAGAAAAACCUAACUGCCCACGUGGAGGCUGGAAUCAUUGGUCAGGAUCUGGAGAACUUGCUUAAUGAGAGCGGCUACUGUACAGGACAUGAGCCAGACUCCAUGGAGUUCAGCUCCCUGGGUGGCUGGGUAGCAACAAGAGCGUCAGGGAUGAAGAAAAACAUCUACGGCAACAUUGAGGACCUGGUCAUCCACAUUAAGAUGGUGACUCCACAAGGUGUGAUUGAAAAGAGCUGUCAGGGGCCUCGCAUGUCCACGGGGCCAGACAUCCACCAUUUCAUCAUGGGCUCAGAAGGAACCUUGGGUGUGAUUACUGAAGUAACUAUGAAGAUACGUCCUGUUCCGGAGUAUCAGAAGUACGGCUCGGUGGUGUUUCCCAACUUUGAGCAGGGAGUUGCGUGUCUUCGAGAGGUUGCCAGACAGAGAUGUGCCCCAGCGUCGAUAAGGCUCAUGGAUAAUGAACAGUUUAAGUUUGGUCAUGCCCUGAAGCCUCAAGUUUCUUCCAUUUUCACUUCAUUUCUAGAUGGAUUGAAAAAGUUUUACAUCACCAAGUUUAAAGGGUUUGACCCUAACCGCUUGUGUGUUGCCACCCUGCUGUUUGAGGGCGACCGUGAGAAGGUCCUGCAGCACGAGAAGCAGGUUUAUGACAUCGCUGCCAAGUUUGGGGGCCUGGCAGCUGGAGAGGACAAUGGGCAGAGGGGCUACAUGUUGACCUUCGUCAUUGCUUAUCUCCGGGACUUGGGAAUGGACUACUAUGUGAUCGGGGAGUCCUUUGAAACCUCGGUGCCUUGGGACAGGGUGUUGGAUAUUUGCAGGAAUGUAAAGGCACGCAUCGUUUAUGAGUGUAAAGACAAAGGAGUUCAGUUUCCGCCUUUAUCCACUUGCAGGGUGACUCAGACGUAUGACGCCGGUGCCUGUGUCUACUUUUACUUCGCCUUCAACUACAGGGGACUCGGUGAUCCGGUUCACGUGUACGAACAAGUGGAGCAUGCAGCUAGAGAGGAGAUCCUUGCCAACGGGGGGAGCCUGUCACAUCACCACGGAGUGGGGAAACUUCGGAAGGAGUGGAUGAGGGAGACCGUCUCCAGCGUCGGCAUGGGGAUGCUCCAGUCCGUCAAGGACUACGUGGACCCAAAAAACAUCUUCGGCAGCCGGAACCUCCUCUAAGCGCUCUUGUUGGACCCCUUUUCUAAAAGCAUCGUGUGCAUUUAAAGUAACGGUUACUAAAUGUGAAUCUAAAAUGGACAGAUGUCUUCAUCGUUGUUCCAUCCAAUAUCAUCUGGUGCCAUUAAAACAUUCACCUUUUUUGUGUGUAAUUUAUAAUGAACUUAUGUGCUGUAACAAUCAGCUUCUUUACCCAUGAUGCAACGUGACGCAUCCAAACCCACAUUUACUUUUUAACUGCCUCCCAGACAUUCUUGCCAACGUUGUAAAAAUAGUUUGUUUUCCCCCCUGCUCCCACCCCCUCACCACGUGAGUGUCUGGCACUUCUUUAGUGGAUAAAUUCCUGAUGAACGCGCUUUCUGAAGCUCCGUGCCUUUCUAAAGCUUUCGUCUGCCUUUCCUUCCAGUGCGCACUCGUGUGCGGUGAGUACCUGUGUGAAGAAAAACAGUCUUGAAAGUUUUUCAUGCCCUCCUACCUUCUGCUGUACUGACCAGUUGCCAUAAGAGACUUGUUUCUGGAGUGUUUGUGCAUCCAAACCCUUCCGCCCGCAGCCUACAGUGUGAUUGCAAAGAGAGAGUGUGCGUCAUUCCGAGUGUUCACAGUUUGUGACGACGUGUAAGGCCUCUGGAUUGCGGUGCUCACGAUGUACCAAAGAAAAUUCAUCGGGUCAUGCAACCAUACUGUAAAUGUUUCAUACUGUAACACGUUCACAGAAAUCUGUUAACCUGCGUUUCAAACUGUUUGAUUUCUCUCUAGCAUAUGCAAAGACUGCAGUCUUCUAAACUCUCAAAUGUAAAUAUGUGUGACUGUUACAUGUGCUAAAUCUUUCUGUUUAGCCCCUAACAUGUUCUUCUUGUUCCUGACGUUUUGUUGUUCAAUUGGAGUCCUCUCCCCGCACCCAAAAACAAGUCAAGCAAAUCCUCAGGGCCUCCAAGAGUCGAGUAGUUUAGCCUUUGUAAAAUGUUGAGGUUUUUUGAAUGGAUUCUCAUUUUGAUACAGGACUUGUUUCGACGGUCAUUGUGACAACGUUUUCUGCUUUAAAUCCUCCUGUUUUCUUCACGUCUUUCCAGGACUGUUUUAUGUCCUUUGUGUCAAAAGUGUCCAUCCAAACGGAAGUUUGUUUUCUGCUUUCUGACAAACAUGAGAGAGCUUUUGAAUGUUCAGAUUGUGCUUUGUUUUUUUUCCUCACCCAAAGUUUUCCACUUUUCUUAACGACAUUGUAACAUCUAAAAACAUUUUUGUCAAUGCUGUUUGUGCAAUAAAUCGAAUUAAAACAUUA